CUGGCGUGUGCCACACACGCUCCACUUUGCCUUGUAUAAACCCACUUUCUUUCGCCGGCCACACGCCUCUCUUUCUUAACUCCGGCGCUUCACAAUCUCCCUCUCUCUCUCUUUCUCUCCAACGGAAAUUCUGUUUUGACUAGAUAAAGGAUAAGAUUCUAAAUUUAGAUUUUGGAGAUUGACCACGGUGGACGUCUAGGAAGAUCAACAUGGGAGCAGAAAAAUCACCUACGUGCCUGCAGCCCAGCAGGAAGAAUCUUGGUAAAGUUCCUAAAAGAAUUCAUAAAGCUGAAAGGGAGAAAUUGAAGCGUGAACAUUUGAAUGAACUUUUUCUUGAAUUGGCUGCUGCACUGGAACUCACAGAACAAAACAGUGGCAAAGCCUCUAUAUUAGGUGAAACUACUCGAGUUGUCAAGGACAUGCUUGAUCAGAUCAUGUCUCUUAAAAAGGAGAAUGCAGCUUUACUAGCCGAAUCACAAUAUGUCACAGUUGAGAUGAAUGAACUUCAAGAUGAAGCUUGUACCCUACAGAAGCAGAUCGGUGAACUAAAGAGCAUGAUUAAGGAAAGAACGGUCCAGCCAAACCUCGACCUGAAUGCCCCAGCAAUGGAAUCUCAUGAACCACAAUUACCACAAUAUUUUCCUCAGGAAAUUAUACGGAUACCAUCUGGCGAUCCACUUCUGAAUCCUGUUUUCGUAAUUCCCACUUGUCACAACGUUCAACUUCACCCACAGCCAGAUUUCAAGUUGAACAAACCUAUCUCUAAUGUCAGUAAACCAAACCCUCGGUAUCCCACUCCUUCUGAUUCUUGGCCUUCACAACUUGUAAAGCCUUCUCAAGAGGAACAACAUAGGGAACGAGUAUAGUGUUAAUAAUCUGUAUAACGUGUUAUCAUAGUUCGUGUUAGUAGUCCCACUUUGUUAUGUGAUGCCAAUUACCGAAGAAACGGCUAACUGUUUAGUGUUAAUACCAUGUUUUCUUUAUAGUUGAUUUUGAA